AAAAAAUAUAAUAUAAAACUAUAACGUUAGUAUCCCCUCUAAAUAUAAAUAUUUUUUUUUUCUCUACCGAUUAAAUUACCUACACUUUAUAUAAUUUUAACCUGUGUUGUCCUUGCGUGUGUUAUGCUUUCAGAAGAACAAUAAUAAAAGCUCAAGGAAGAAGGGUUAUUCGGAUAAAAUAUAAAAUUUUUACUUGUUAAAUACCGAGCAAUCUCUCUCUUACCGUGUCUCUCUCACUACGGAAUAUUGGCGAAAUUUCUGUGUAAAACGGAAACAGCCACAGAAAAAAAAAAAACAUUGUUAUUUAUAGUUUGAAGAUAUGUAGUGUAUCAAAAAUGUUUAUAUUUUGAACGAGGACUCGGUAUUUUGCAUAAUCAAUAUCAUGUAAAACCUUAAACUGAAUGUAAUUUUAGUGAGAUCAUCGAACUCUCAUAACUGCGGUUGUAAGUAAAAGAACCCAGUAAAAAUAUUUUCUUAGAAAAAUGAUUGCAACCUGAAGGUGCAGUGUGUGCUGUAGUGCUGUACUCACGAAGGAUGGCACUACAUUAAUGAUGUUUUGUAAAUUAUCUAUAAGUUAUGAGGACAACUUUUGAACAGAAUCUUUCAUUUUCAGGUUGUCUGAGAAUAGUUAUUAUUUCAUAAGGUUCGGUGUUGAAUAUGGAUCAAAUGCAAAUAUCGCAGUCUAUCCCACAUAUUGUGCAGGUUUAUCAGCCACCCACUUCUGAUGCGAAGAUGGCUAAUUCACAAAUAAUUCAUUUAUCUCAUCCACCUCUACAGCCAUCUGAGGGAAAAGUUAAUUAUCAACAAACUGUGACUUCUAAAUCUAUUCAGAUACCAGUUACACAUGUUACAGAAAUUUCUGGCCAGCCUAUUCAUAUGUCUCAGAAUCAGAUUGUCAUAUCUUGUCAGCAGACACACUUACAAAAUAUUCAUCCGCCAAUGCAAUCCCAAAUGGCACAACAAGUUCUGCAGAGUUCUGACAUGAGUCAGUCUUUGCAUGUAAUUCUGCCUCAGGUACCAAUAUUCAAGCAACAUGUGCUUGUAAGUGAAGUACAACAGCAGUAUUAUGGGCAGUAUGAAUCCUUUGAUAAGGAACACUGCAUUGUUGCUAAAAUGGAGCCCGAGUUGCCAAUCUCAUCUGAGAAACAAGCAGAGUCUAAACCAGAGGCUUCCAUUAUGAAAGCAGAUAGGAUUGUAAAUGAAGCAGUAGUUUAUAAGAAACGCAACAGAAGUGUUAAACCAAAUCCUGGCUCCUGGGCCUGCAAUGUUCGUAAAUUCAAACACCAGAGAGGGGAGGCAUAUAUAAGUAGAAGAGGAAAGUUUGUCCCAGAAAGACGAGUACGAAAUACUAAAGACUGCCUGAAGUCUUGUAAAUACAGAUGUAGUGAGAGAAUAAGUGAUACAGACCGGGAGCACAUAUUCAAAGCUUUUUACUCCUUGAAUGCAAAUGAAAAGAAGCAUUUUUUACUAAAUACCACAGAAAGGAAUGAUGUUAAGCAUAAGUCACCUGAUGAAAAUCACAAAAGGAGACAUGCAUUUAAGUAUUUCUUUCUUGUUAGAGCUGUUAGACAUACAGUUUGUAAGAAUUUUUAUUUAGGUACACUAGCUAUAUCGCAGAAGCCGGUAUACAAUGUCCACUUAGGAAAGUCAGAAAUGAAUAUUCCCAAACCUGAUGGUAGGGGGUUGUCAGAAGCCAGCACACACUCUCUGCCAUCAGAAGUAAAGGAUGGUGUCAGAAAACAUAUAAUGUCUUUCAGUACAGAAGACUCAAAACCUGUAAAAAGAUUUUCAAAGAAAAAACAGUAUUUAGAGUCAAAUUUAAGUAUUAAACAAAUGUACAAUAUGUAUUUAAAUGACUCUAAUAAAGACAAUGUUUUGCCUGUAAAAGAAUCUAUGUAUAGAAAAAUAUUUAAACAAGAAUUCAAUUUGCACUUUAGGAAAGUUAAACCAGAGCUACAGCUGUGUUGUAAAUGUAAGGGAGUAAUUAAAAAGAAAUAGUUUGUAAUGUGAAAUAGAUAAGUUUAUACCAAUGUUUGUCAUAAUCAUGAUAAUGUUUGCCAUGCCAUUAUGCUGCUAUAUUACUGUGAUGCAUGCUGUACACAUGCACAUUUAGUGUGCUAAGGGUUUAUUCAUAGAUAAAAUGGGGGUUCUCCAUGCAUGGGUUAAUACAAAAUUCUUUAGCAGUUUAUUCAGUUAAGAUUGUUACAAGCUCUUAUGAAUGUCACUACUCCAUCAGUUCGCAAAUCUAUAGUGGGAGACCUUGUACUGAAAAGACCAGCAAGAAAGUCAGCAAGGGUUGUUUUGCUGCCUUAUAAUGAUAAAUAUGUAUGUAUAUUGAAGUUUGUGAAAAUGACAAUGAAUACAUCUUCAUAAAUAAUGAAUUUAAGGUUGCCUGAUAAUGAUCUGCAGAUGAUGUAUAAAAACAAAAUGUGUAGGUACCUAUAUAAGGUAAUUUGUUACAAUAAAAGAAGUGCUUUCGUUUUCGGCGCUGUCAUACGGUUUUUGCCUAAUUUAAAUAAAAAAAAAUGAGUGUGCUUAUGACCAUGACCACACAACUGAAGUGAAACUUCUUUAGCUCCAAUGAUCUGAAAAUCAUCAUCAUUAUCACCCAUCAUUCCGCGCUGGGUCCGUUAUCACCCUCGCAAUCCGCACUGGGUCCAUUAUCACCCACCAAUCCGCGCUGGGUCCCUUAUCACCCACCAAUCCGUACUGGGUCCGUUAUCACCCACCAAUCCGCGCUGGGUCCGCU